CCAGGUAGAUUGCCAAAAGGCUAGGUUCACAUUACUGGGUGUAGGUAAUGUGUGCAAAAUCGCACAUAAUCCCAACACUCAGAGAAAUGGGCUGCUCUUUAGACCAUGCAAUUCGGAGAACCAGGGGCGGACUGACCAUUUGGAAACUUGAGCACUGCCCAAGGGCCCGGGGUCAGUAGGGGGCCCCAUGGGAUGCCCCUGGUACCUUUUCCAUAGGCUUUUUCGAGUUUGGGCAAGGACACAGGGGCCCCAUGAUCCCCUAUUGCCCGGGGGCCCCAUGGGUUGUCAGUCCGCCCCUGGUGAGAACACACUUUU